AGCGUUGCCGGCUCAGUCGCUGUGCGGGAGUGGUCACUGAGGGAUGUGUGGUAUCGUAACUGAGUGUGACUGAGGAAAAAGACCCGGCGUAGUUUCUCCGCGUAAUACGCUCUCGCUCUUUACCCCCUGGAUAAAAAGGAACCAGCAAUACCGAGAGUCUAGUCACAGUUUUCGGCCCCCCUCCCAAUUUCGCGCGAGACUACGAAAUACGCCUAUCGUGUAUUUAUUUAAGUAUUUAUUGUACAAAAGACUUUAACUAUAGCCGACACAAUGUCCGUGGACAAGGAGGAAUUGGUACAGCGUGCGAAGCUCGCCGAGCAGGCCGAAAGGUACGACGACAUGGCAGCCUCGAUGAAGGCAGUCACUGAAACGGGAGUCGAAUUGUCGAACGAGGAAAGGAACCUGCUGUCGGUAGCCUAUAAGAAUGUCGUUGGCGCGAGACGUAGCUCGUGGCGAGUAAUUUCCUCUAUCGAGCAAAAGACCGAGGGUUCUGAGCGUAAACAGCAGAUGGCCAAGGAAUACCGAGAAAAGGUCGAGAAAGAGUUGCGCGAGAUCUGUUACGAUGUGUUGGGACUCCUUGAUAAGUACCUGAUCCCCAAGGCUAGCAAUGCCGAGAGUAAAGUAUUCUACCUCAAGAUGAAGGGCGACUACUAUAGGUAUCUCGCAGAAGUCGCCACCGGAGAAACCAGAAACGCCGUGGUAGACGACAGCCAGAAGGCAUACCAGGAUGCGUUCGAAAUCAGCAAGUCAAAGAUGCAGCCUACUCAUCCGAUCAGGCUAGGUCUCGCCCUCAACUUUUCCGUUUUCUAUUACGAGAUCCUCAACUCGCCAGACAAGGCCUGUCAGCUGGCCAAACAGGCGUUCGAUGAUGCGAUCGCAGAAUUGGACACACUUAACGAGGACAGCUACAAAGAUUCCACGCUAAUCAUGCAGCUUUUGCGCGACAACCUCACUCUCUGGACCAGUGACACGCAGGGUGACGCGGACGAAGCACAGGAGGGCGGCGACAACUAACCUUCCUAAGCUUAAGUCCCUUUCUAACCUAAUAAGAACAUCCUAUUCUCUAUCGUCCCCCGGUCCCUUGAAGUGCUCACCCAUUCAUCCACCCGAGAUCGAUUUAUCCAUUCGCCUGUCCUUUCGUCCCUCGCGUACCUCGUUUCCUUCUUCCUUUCCCUAUCUCUUCUCCCACUCGUACCUACUUAAACCCUGCCUUUGCCCUAUAUUUUACCUGCCCCCCCACCUUCCUUACUUCCUUCCUUUCUUCCUGUCCACAGUUGGCAAGAUCUCUCCUCCUUUUCGAGUCCUUUUUUCCUUAAUCUCUCCUCCUCGAAAACUGUGACAUAUAUAUAUAUAUAUAUAUAUUUUUUUUUUCUUUGUUCAAAUCGCGACCGCACAUUGCUGCCGAUACCACCGCCACAGCUGUUACGCUUCGUUCGGAAGCUCGGCAAUCUUGCUCUCGACCGUUUUCCUUUCCUGGAGGAUCGAUUCGCGUAUUUUAGUGGACUCCACCACCUGCCAUAACAUUGCCCCUCGUCGUUGUAAACCUUUUAUCAAACGCAAAGUUAUUCGAAUCUCGCGUUUAUAUCUGUAGAGGGAGAGAGAGAGAGAAGCGUAAAGUUAAGAAAAGGAGAAAAAAAGAGAAGAAAUCAAUGAAUUUUUAUCAGGUUACAAUCUACCAUCCGUUGUAAGACCUGUAGUUAUUGUACCCCCAUCCUGUUAGGAUGACCCUCGAUGAAAGGAAACGGUCGAGUUCGCGAGAAUCGCUCGGAUUCUGAUAGUUUUCUUCGUGAAAAGCGUAUCGACUCGUGUUUGUGUCAAAAAAAAAAAGUAAAGAACAGGAAGGAGCAAAUUGUGGAUGAACAGAGGAAGGAACAGGAAGGGUGUAGUAGUUUCACGAACCACCCCUUGUCUCGUCGUGCAACGUUGCACGGUGAUUGAAUUAAAGAGAAGCAUAUUAAAGAGAAUAACAAGUAGAGAGUGUAAAAAAGAACACGUGUCACCCGCAAGAAAUUAGUGUUCGGAUGUGUAACACGAUCAAAAUGAUCGUCGUUGCGUGUGUAUCGCCGUUGGGGCGAGACACGGGGAUGUGGUGAACACCGCGAUACGUACUGUUCAUUUCUCCCAUAUCUGCUCUCGCUAUUUACCAUCUAAAAGUAUCGCUAAACGAAACAGAAAUUCGAGAAGAAAUGAAGACAAAGGAAAAAAGCACGCAUGAAUCUAAACUACAUUAUAUCCAGUUGUCAUUAAAUUAAAUUUCACAUUGUCUAGCAAGUACGAUAUUAUUAUACGAAGGGAAGAACGCAGGAGGAGAAAGGAGAGUAAAAAAAGAAAAAAAAAAAUACAUUAAGUUAUUAAGUUCCAAAACAACAUCGGUGGUGACUUAAUUUUACAUUUGGUAUACUUGUUAGUAGAUAUUUCAAAUGCUCCUAAAUGCACACGCGCGCGCAUGUACACAUUUACUACGUCUUUGGAUGCGUUAUCGUUACCUCUUUCUUUUUUCUUGUCUUUUUUUUUUUUUUAAUUAAUCAACAAAAAUUAUCGCCCGUGGUUUAUAUUUCGCACUCUUGUUUAGAAGACCUUAAAAUAAUUCGUAUCGUUAUCGUUAUUGUUAUCUCGUUAUCGUAAUUUACCGUGUUGUCGAGGUGAGUGAAGAAAAGCACACUGUAAGUUUUUCAAUUUAUAUUUAAGAUCCAUUGUAUGCUGGCCGUCCGUUACAAACGCGCGAAUAUUGAAAGAAAAAAAAGUGAACACUAAUUUUGAUUUCUCAAACGAUCGAUCGAUACGUGUGACAAUCUUUGAAAAACAUUUUCACACCCUCCCUCUUCCAUCCUAUUCUUUGACUCUUUUGCACCUUUCUCGUACACACAUGUCUCUUCUCUGUAUUUCUCUCUUUUUUUUCUAUCUCCUUCCCUACCUCCUCGCAUAUAUGUUAUAUAUAUUUAUAUAUAUACAUAUAUUAUACCCAAUAAUAUAUAUAUAUAUACACAACAGAUAUUUACCCGUCAAAAGUCGUUCACCUCUGUCGCGAUAAAAGAAAAGGAAAAGAAGAAAAUGAGAAGAAAAUUGUGUACGCGUAUAAAAAAAAAUCUCUUUUUAACACAGACACACGCACGCGCGCGCGCGCAUCCAUACAUACGUAUAUGUAUGUACGUUUUAAUACGUAUAUACGUGUAUAUAUAUAUUAUUCAGUUUCAUAGAUGAAAAUCGAUCUCGUGGGAAUUGUCGAUAGUUUGGAAAUCGCUCGCGUUAUUUCCCGCAAUUCCAUCGAUUACAUAUAAUCAUUUUUCGGAAUAUAUAUCAUUGUAGAGUUAAUGUUAUUGAAUUCAAGGUCCGCAGGAAGAACGCGAUAAAAAAAAAAAAA